AAACUUCACUACAUGACAUUUUGGCGGGUAAUGAGAUUGAAAUGGAGAAAUAGGUGAAGUUGUGCUGACUAAUAAGCUGUAGAUUAGCUCACUGUUCGAACAUAUUUGUCUGCUGUACACAGUGAUGGUAGUUUUCCAUGUAUUGGAUGUUUACAAUGUACCUAAGCUGAGGAGGGAUAUUGAGUCUCAGAGUAUAUAUAUAUAGUAAUGCUACACUACCAAUAGUUACUGGGUGUUUGUUGUGAUUACAUGUUUUGGAUUGUAACUAGAUCGCAGAUACAAUAGUGAUGAUUGUAAACAAAUGUGACUCCUGUUAGCUAGUAACAGUGGAUUUAUAGUGCGAUUUGUCAGUAUAUACAUGCUUUAAACAAAUGACAAUUUUGAACUGAAGGAUUCAGAACUAGCUAUGACCAUGACAGCCACUGCAUUUAUUAUGUACAGUCUCGCCAAUAUUGUGGGAAUACUUCUGUUCUGGCUUUAUAAAAAGAGAGACAAGCGGGAGAAAAAACCAUCAGAAUCCGAGGAAUUAGAAAAUGCAACUGUUCGUAGAAGACGUUUAAAACAUCAACCAUCUUUACUUGCCUUACUGGGUCUUUCACAUACAUAUAACGACAGGUCAUUUUGUCCGAUAGAAGAUCAUUUUCAUAGUUUUACUGAAGUCAGUGAAGCGUGUAAGAGAGCAGGAUUAGAGAAAUGUGGUUUGAUCAUUGGCGUUGAUUUUACAGCGAGCAAUGAGUGGCAGGGCCGCAAAACAUUCAGUAGUCAGUGCCUUCAUAAAGUCAUUCCAGGAAAAAUUUAUAAUCCAUAUCAGAAAGUGGUGUCCAUCAUUGGUCAAACGCUCGAGCCGUUCGAUGACGAUAAUCUUAUUCCUACUUAUGGAUUUGGAGAUUCCUUAACCAAUGACGAGGAUGUGUUUAGUUUCCAUAGCAAUGGGAAUGCAUGUAAAGGAUUUUCAGACGUUUUACAUAAAUAUAAUGAAUAUGCAACAAGUCUUCAGUUUAGUGGACCAACAAAUUUUGAACCAAUUAUAAACAAAGCAAUAGAAAUUGUAAAGUUAAAAAAAUCAUAUCAUAUACUAAUUAUUAUAGCAGACGGUCAAGUGACUGAGGAAUCUCGGACAAUUCAGGCCAUCGUGAGGGCAUCGGAAUAUCCUCUAAGUAUUGUUGUCGUUGGUGUUGGCGAUGGACCAUGGGAUAUCAUGGAGGAUUAUGAUGAUUUUUUACCGAAUAGAAAAUUCGACAACUUUCAGUUCGUAAAUUAUCAUUCUGUUACAUCCAAAACAAAAAACCCUGAUGCAAGUUUAGCGUUAAAUGUUAUGAUGGAAAUCCCACAUCAGUAUAAGAUUAUAAAAGCUUUAGACUAUUUAGACACAAUACAAACUGUCAAGUCAGAUGCAUGACCUAGGUUUUAUUUUCAUACCUUACUUGUAGGGUGGCAUUAAUUAUGUUUUUAGGACUACAUUGGUCCAUUCCUAAGUAUGUUCCACUUUAAG